GUGAGCCUUUUUACUAUAUGAAAAGGAGAACUCUCUCUGGCAAUACAACAGACCAAACGAUCUCGCAGUGUGCCAUCUUUUCCACAUGAUACUUCCUCUUUGUUUCGUCUCCCUCUCUUCUCCUUAAUUCUGCAGAUUAGUCGAUCUUCACGUCAAACACCGGUGUUCGUCGCCCUCCAUAAACGUAUAUACGCGCUAUAUACAUGGUUAUCUUCUGUAAGAGCUUUGUCAUCGAUGAUGUCGCAGAUGGGGGAAUGAGGAAGAAGAAGGCAGCGGAUGAGCGCCAAUCAACCAAAAUUGGAAGCAAGAACAAUGCCACCGAUGGCAGAAACAAGAAGAAUGUCCCUGUGGUGGCGAAGGAACCUAAGGUUGCUCCAGUCGAGCCAAUGGCAAAAGUAGUAAAAGCAAGUGAUGGCACCCGAACUAAGGGGAGGGCUGAUCAUGACCAUGGGGCCUCUGCAAUUGCCCCAGCACCACCUCAUGGUACGGACAUACCGUUGGCCAAGCAUAGCGCAACAAGUCAGCCGCCGCCAUCACCACUGCUGCCACAGGCUGUCAACCAGAUGGUUCAAUGGCCGGAUUCAAAUCCAGAUGAUUAUAAGCAGCUUCUCGAUAGUUCUCCUUCGCUUCAGGCUCGUUCUAAAGUUAGCAGCCUCCAACUCGUGAAAGGGAGUGGGGGCAACGACCAUAACAGCAAGAAAUUGCUCGACAAGUUGGACUCCUGGCUCCGGAAGCGCGAGCGGAAUGACCUUAAGAGUACAAGCGUGCUGGUCUUGAAGAUGACAUUGCACUGCGAAGGCUGCGUCCGCAAAAUCCGGCAAGCUCUGAAGAAGUUUGGAGGAGUCGAGGAUUUUGCCUUCGAUGCGGACAGAGAUCUAGUGGCUGUAUUGGGCGCCGUCAACGAGGAGAAACUCGUUUGGCACCUGGAGCGGGACCUGAAGAAAGAGAUCACUGUGGUUCUUUCAGCGAAAACGACCAACAACAAGGAAGCUGCAGUGCCGGCUGCUGAUGGUAGGAACAAGAAGAAGCCAGACGUUGCCGUUCAUAAGCGCAGCAGUAAGAAGGCCAAGGAGGGCGCUGCUGGUACCGGCCAAGAGGUGGACCCAUUAACUCCGCCAGUGGCCGUGAAAACAGACGAGAAAAAGACCAAACCACGCUGCUCACCUGCUGUAAGUGCCGGAGCAGGAGGGGAGGGGGAGCCGGACAGGGCCGACAUGGACAUGCCUUUAGUCCGUGAGACUACCAGCACGCUGAACUUGAGAAUCAAAGUGCAUUGUGAUGGCUGCAUUGAGAAGAUUCGCGAAGCCAUUAAGCAAUUCAAAGAAGCUGUCGACUCGGUCGACCUACAGGUGAGCAGCGACCUUGUGACAGUGAUGGUGGCGGUGGAGGGGAGAGUGGACAUGAGAGACCUCAUCCUUUACCUCAGCAACAUCUUGAAGCACGAGGUGGAGGUGGAAGUUACUAGAAAAAGCACCGGUGCACCGGUCGAUGAGAAACACUGCAUCAAGCCACCUGUCGACCUGGAGAACAAGUACAAGAAGGGUCAUCCGGUAGCCAGUUGUGCUGGUAUACAGGGUUGCGUCAAGCGAAUAACUCCAGCAACUCCGCUGCCGAUCUAUGUGAAGGACAUCAACGGGAGAGCGAGUGAGAGUGUGCCGGUGACAAAUAAUCCGAGCAGCUACGGCGUACAUUAUUAUGGUAACAGUGGCGCCAACCACCUCUUACCUCAGAAUCUGGGCACGUUCAUGGGAAAUCUCGACAUGUUCAACGAGGAGAAUCCUCAUGCUUGCUCCAUCAUGUGAAGUUUGUCUGAAUUUCUCCUGGCACUGUUUUCAUCUACUGAUGAAAACUGGAUGGUGAAGGGACUGAGCAAAGUGCCUGCCCGAGAGAUUUCCAUUUCAUCAAAGUUCCAUAGAAAAGAAACAAAGAAGGUUUUCGAUUAUAUGUCGUGUCGUGUCGGUGAUUGGUUGGUUCACGGAUUUCAUUUUCGGUUAUUUGGGAGCUACGGCUGCUCUGGCAGUUGAGUUUAGGUACAUAAUGUGGUGAUGCUGGGAUCAUCCCAAAAUUUAGAAUUUCCUUCUUGUAAGCAUUCACUUUCUGGAUUCUAAUAUACAUCGCAUGGUAUAUAUUUAGGGAGUGUUUAGAGUCAGGAGGCUCAUAAAAGGUGAGUUUUUAAGAUCAUCUAAAAAAUAACAAGAUUCUCUUGUUAUUUAUCAAGGAACUCAUUAUUCAGUAUGAGUUUUGUUGUAUUCAAAUAAUAAGUUUCUUAUUAUUUAGCAUGUAA